UUUUUCGAGCAAAAAUUACAUCAUUUAUACAUUUCGAAUUUGAUUUUAUUGUGAAAAAAAACUACAACAAACUACAACUAAAAAAAAUGAGUGAAAAACCAAUUCUGGGAUAUUGGGAUGCACGUGGUCUUGCACAAUCAAUACGUUUAUUAUUAACAUAUGCUGGUGUUGAUUUUAUUGAUAAACGUUAUAAUGUUGGUCCACCACCAAAUUAUGAUCGUUCGGAAUGGUUAAAUGAUAAAUUUAAUCUUGAUUUAGAUUUUCCAAAUUGUCCAUAUUAUAUUGAUGGUAAUGUAAAAUUAUCACAAUCGAUUGCAAUUCUACGUUAUAUUGCACGUAAACAUAAACUAAUCGGUCAGAAUGAUCGAGAAGAAAUUCGUGUAUCAUUAGCUGAACAACAAAUUAUCGACAUGAAUAUGGCUAUUGGACGUAUUGCAUAUAAUCCAAAUUGUGAAAAAUUAAAACCCGAAUUUUUGAAAACAUUACCCGAACAAGUAGAAUUAUUAUCUAAAUUUCUUGGUGAUCAACCAUUUAUUGCCGGUUCAAAUAUUUCUUAUGUGGAUUUUUUACUUUAUGAAUACCUUACUAAACUUAAAGUUUUAGUACCCAAUGUUUUUGGUCGAUUUGAAAAUUUGAAAAAAUUUCAUGAACGUAUUGAAGCAUUACCACGAGUAUCGGAUUAUAUUAAAAAACAACAACCAAAAUCAUUUCAUGGUCCAACAUCAUUAUGGAAUGGUACAUAUGCUUAAAUCAUCAUGCUGAUGAUAAUUUUUCCUUAUUCCAAUGAAUUUCAAUUCAAUUUACAAAACAAAACA